AUGCUAAAUCUUAUUUUAUUAAUUGUUUUCUUAGUUAUUGGUUUCAUCGCUAUAACAUAUUGCAUUUAUUGUUGUUCUUGUAAAUCAGGAUGGUCUAAUCUUCGUCGACGCAUAGUUUAUCGACAGUUAGCACGUGAUGAGGAACAAAUUUCUGAAGAACGUGAAGCCAGUCGAGCUCAAAUACGUGAUUCACUAGCACCUGUUGUUGGUGUUAUUGCUAUAAUAUGUUUUAUUUAUUGUUGUUCUUGUAAACCAGCAUGGGCUAAGGCUCGUAAACGCUUAGUUCGUGGACAGGCAGCACGUGAGGAAGAACAACUUGAUGUAGAACGUGAAGCUAAUAGAGCACAAUUACGUGAUUCACUUGUAGCUAACAAACAAACAAGAGAUGAUGUUCGACAAAAAUAUCAACUUCCAUGA